GUCAAAAUAGCUUCAAAGAGAGUCAUUUCCGUUUGUGUGUGUGUUUUUUUUUUGUAAGGACAUCUCUGCGGUGUUGGCGAGCGAAAAAAAUGUCCUCCUUCGACGCGUACAGUAUGGACGGCGAAGAUGCCUAUGGCGGUUACGGAUCCUACACCAAUUUCUCCGGCGGCUUCCCUGGUGACGCUGAUGUAAGCGUCGAGCACACUGCUGCCUCGCCGGACGUCUUCGGAUUCGACGAUCCGGGAACUAACUAUUCUCAAGCUCCGUUUGAUCCGAUUCAUGUAGAGAACGGAAAUGGAAACGGCUAUGGCGUGGUUGAGGAUGAAGUUGGCGAUGGUGUUUUCGUGUCGGAUGGUCCAAUUCUUCCGCCUCCAACCGAGAUGGGCGUGGAGGAAGGAUAUGCUCUACGUGAAUGGCGUCGCCAAAAUGCUCUUCAGCUUGAAGAGAAGGAGAAAAGGGAAAAAGAAUUGAGAAUCAAAAUCAUUGAAGAAGCUGAGGAGUAUAAAAUAGGUUUCUAUGAGAAAAGAAAGCUUAGUGUUGAGAGUAACAAGGUUAACAACAGAGAAAGAGAGAAGUUAUACUCUGCAAAUCAGGAGAAGUUUCAUAAAGAGGCUGAUAAACAAUACUGGAAAGCCAUUGCAGAACUAAUUCCCAAUGAAGUUCCUAAUAUUGAAAAAAAGAGAGGCAAGAAGGAUCAAGAUAAGAAACCAUCUAUCUUAGUUGUUCAAGGUCCGAAACCGGGAAAACCUACCGAUCUUUCAAGAAUGCGACAAAUUCUCGUGAAAUUGAAGCACACACCCCCUCCUCAUAUGAAACCACCUCCACCCCCACCUGCAAAGGAUGCCAAAGAUGCCAAGGAUGCCAAGGAUGGAAAAGAGGCCAAAAAUGAAAAAGAUGCAGCAACAAAAGCAUCUGAUCCUGCACCUGGAGCUGCCACAGCCAAUGGCACCUCACACACACCUCAAGAAGAAACUGCUGCUGCUGCUGAGGAAUAAUUUGCCACAAUAAUGAUAUAGCCAUAGCCAGUAUCAACUUCAUUCUGCUCAUACUUUUUUACAUUUUCCCUCUGAGGUUCCUUUGUUUUCGUCCGUUUAUCUUGCAUUUGAAUGUGUAAUCAGCUGUGAUCUUAUACAACAUUUAUUCUUCUGUACCUUAUGACGGUCUCUAGUGGCAUUAUCUUUUGGACUAGUCCAGGUUCUGAUUUUGACAUGGCCACCCCCUUCAAACAUCUUCUUUGAAAUUACUUCUUCACUUUACCCUA